UCUCCCCUUACCCGGUGCCGCCAGCUGCUGGGGGACACCCGGAGAUCCCCAGACCCACCGCCACCAGCAACCACGGGGUAUCCCGGGGCCGUUCCGGAGUCGCCCGGGCCCGAGAGGCUGCCGCACCGGGCUUCAGUCAUCCCUCCGAUGCUGGUGCUGCCGGCCCCCUGCCCCCAGCCCUUGGCGAUUCCCUCUGCUGAGGCCAUGGAGGCCCCUUCCCCUCGUACAGGCCGGUCCCCAGAACCCGGAACUUCCUCCUCCACAGGACCUCCCCAGACGUCCUCCCCUCGGAGGCCCAACCACUACCUGCUCAUUGACACCCAGGGUGUGCCCUACACGGUGCUGGUGGAUGAGGGGUCUCAGGGCGAGUCCGGGGCCGAUGGCGCUUCGGCUCAGAAAAAGUGCUACAGCUGCCCCGUGUGUUCCCGGGUCUUUGAGUACAUGUCGUACCUUCAACGACACAGCAUCACCCACUCGGAGGUGAAGCCCUUCGAGUGCGACACCUGCGGGAAGGCAUUCAAGCGGGCCAGCCACCUGGCACGGCACCUCUCCAUUCACCGGGCCGGCGGUGGGCGGCCCCACGGCUGCCCCCUAUGCCCGCGCCGUUUUCGCGAGGCAGGCGAGCUGGCCCAGCACAGCCGGGUCCACUCUGGGGAGCGCCCGUUUCAGUGCCCGCACUGCCCGCGCCGAUUUAUGGAGCAGAACACGCUGCAGAAGCACACUCGGUGGAAGCAUCCAUAAGCCGGGCUGCAGGGUACCAUGGGAUUCUGGGGGGGGUGCCUGGACUCGUGUGGCCCUCAGCCUGCGAAUGACAGAGGUGGGGUUGGGGGGCCCUGGACACAGGUCCACCUCCUGUGGAGGCUGAGCGCCAUCUAAAAGAGGAGCCCAGGAAUAGUCUUCGGGUGCUCAGUGUUUUGGAGAUUAGAUGGGAACAAGACCUCACAUUCACAGAGUGGAGCCUCUAGCCUUAGAGACAUCAGUUAACCCACGGCUGAACCCAGACUGGAGGAGUGGGGGGAGAGAGUGCUGUGUGUGGAAACUGUCUAGCCUGAAAAAAUGUGGUUGGGGGCCAUCAGGAAUCUGCAGCAUCUUCUUGAGGCCUGCAUGCUGAUACUAGGGGCUGGUGCCCCAGACCUGCUAGCUAGAGGCCGAAAUGACACCCAAUAAACAAACACCUUCUCCCCUUUGAGCACUCCAGGUUUGUUUUGGGGGACUCAGCUUGGCCUGCCUGCUGCCUAGCAGGGAGACUCGGCAAGUGCCUGGCCCAAUCUCUUUGGGUGAGGGAACAAGUCACCAUCUUCCACUGUCUGACCUCAAAUAACUCUAGUAGCACCUGGAUGUUGAGCCUUGGUGUAGCCUGGCACUAGGCUGAGCAUUUUGCAUGUCAUCUCACUGCAGCCUCAGAGUGCUUGGCUUGCCUGGCUAAGGAGUGGGAAGGAUGGCCUAAUGCACUGGGAUUAGUCCUGGCUUGGCUCCUCAUGACCUGUGUCACCUAAGCAGAGUGUUUUUAAACUUUUUUGAAAAAUCACGAUCCACUGCAAGGCACAUUUUACAUGAUGACCUAGUAUACAGAUAUGCAAAAUAUAUGUGAAACAAAAGUUUAACAAUAGUUCCUUCUGCUAUGUACAGAUCACUGAUUUUUAUUUCAACUAUGAUUUUUUUUUAAGCUGACGAUUCCUUCCUAUUAUAUUGAAUUCUCCACCCAUAAACCUGUAGUUUGAAAAACCCUGAACUAGGACAGGUGCCUCCCCCUGGAUCUUUCCUCCCAGCCUGCAAUUUAUCAGUGACAGGAAGCAGAGGGACAGGUGUGGCUACCGCUUUCUAAAUGGCACAUUUAGACUCUCCCUUUUCAGGGGUAAAGCCAGCUCUCCUCAGGGCUGGCGGAGUCCGGAGCAUGGAUGCUACUAGUGAAUGGGAGAAGAGGCAGGGAGCUGACAGAGCUGAGUAAACAUCUGCCUUCUUAAUGAA